AUUUGAUGACAUUUCUGAUAAUAAAUAAAAACAAUAAUAAUUAACAUUAAUAAAUAAUUAAUUAUUAUCGGAUUAUCGCUUUAAAAAAAUUAUUUAUCGAUGAACUACGUGUCACCACUGUCACCUGAUGACAAAAUAUGACUGGUCAUACGGUCCCAGUAUAUUUCUUUUUCAGAGUCAAAACUUUCAGCAAUCUGGCUAGCUCACAUGAAAAUCUGAAGAAUUUCCACAAUUUUUGAAAUGUUGAGCAUAGAGUUCACUCAUUCAGCACAAAUGCACCGUUAUUUCCAAUAUAUCAUACCUCUAUGAUUCAGAUAUAUCCAUUGUCAAAAUGGCAACAGGUUCAGAGUCUCAACAAAAUGAAAAAUUUGAAUUCAUAAACAAGGAUGUGAGUUACAGUGAUAUAGCUGAAAAAUUGUUGAAUGAUAGACUACUACUCACCGCUCUGGAAUUUCAUUCGGAGUUAUUAGAAUCUGGAAAGGAAAUAAGACAACUAAAAAACUUUUUUUCUAAUCCAAAAAAUUUUGAAUUACAAACACAAGAAUUUUCUACUCAAUUAUCAAGAUCUGGAAGUCAGGUUACUUUAGACAGUUUAGAUUUAACCAGAUAUUCAGAGGAUGGGGCAGGAACAGAUGAAAGAGUUGCCAUUCUAGAAUUCGAACUUAGAAAAGCAAAAGAGACAAUAAAUGCCCUCAGGAAUAACCUUACAGUUGCUACAGAGAUUGACAUAACUGCUCCUAAUGCCAGCAAAGAUAACAUGAGAAAUACAAAUGCUAGUGGUAUAAAACCACAUGAACAGAGAGCUCUGAAUUUUCUAAUCAAUGAAUAUCUCUUGAUACAUGGUUAUAAGCUAACAUCAAUAACAUUUGCUGAUGAGAAUCCAAACCAGGAUUUUGAUGAUUGGGAUGACGUAGGAUUGAACAUUUCAAAACCACCUGAACUGCUUUCUUUAUAUAGAGAUGGGUUAAAACAAACUGGGUGUAAUAGCUCACAUAUUUCAAGUCAAACUGAUGAGGAUGAAAAUGAAGAAUUGAUCAAAGAAAUGAAUAGGAUUAUUCAAACAUUAGAAGCAAAAAUCCACACUCUCCAAUCUGAAAAUUCUGAAAUUCUGAAGCUUCAUGAUGCUAUGAAAGAAUUAAUGCUGCAUCAAAGCUGUACAGAUAAUCAAGCAAGAGUGAACUCUGUGAUUUCCAGCCAAGAACAGGAUUAUACCCAUUCUCCAGAAAGAUUUGAGAUGGUGGAUGGUAAUAGUGAUAGAAACAGUGCCAGUAUCAUUCUGGAGGACAACAUUUCAAAUAAUAGCUCAAACACAAAUGAAUGGAUGAAUGUGUCCAUAGGAAAUAAAGAAUCUCAGUCUCAAAUAAAAAAUGAAACUGAUGCAGAGGCUGACAUCAGUUCCAUUUUCAAAAAGUGCCCUUUUACCAAAGAGGUGUUCGUAGCUUGCUAUAUUGACACCCCGUCCAUAGUAGAUCAGGAAACACACCAAAUUCUCAGUAAAACCGUAGUCGACGAAGACUACGUUCAUCUCACUUCGAAUGCUUUACUAACGAUCAUUCCGAGUGUCAUUUUGAAUAAAAGAGAAGACAUCAUUCCGUUACUGCUGACGACGAUACAUUUGAACCCGAAGGCGUCUGAAAGAGACCAACUGUUGCAGCAGUUUUUCAAUUUGAAAAAGAAGCCUUCUGAAGCCGAAAGGAAAGUCAUAGUGGGUGGAUUGCUUGCUAUUGCCAAGUGUUCAGGGGAAAGUGUAAUCGAAAAUGAAAUUUUGCCACAGUGCUGGCUACAACUGACUCACAAAUAUGUAGAAAGGCGUUUGCUAGUUGCUGAGGCGUGUAUUGCUUUGAUCCCAUUAAUUUCAGAACCAAUACGAAAUUCCCUUUGCCUAUCAAUAAUACAGCAAAUGUUGGAUGACAAGGAUGACGUCGUGAGAGAAACUGUGAUUAAAGCUUUUUCGAUAUUAACAGUAUUAUGUUGCGAUAAAGAUAAGUAUAUACAGUGUGAACAGUUAGCAGUGAGCACAUUGAACGAUUCCAGUAACAGUUUAGUAAAUUUGAGUGCUCAGAUACUGUUUCCAGUUUUGGGAAAAUGGGCUCUUCAAGAAGGACUCCUGUGCAAUAGCUUAUUCAAAAAAUUAUUGAACAUUUUGAAUAACAAUGUGAAAAGUUUCGAUUCGCUGAAAGUGAGUCAGUUUUCUGAUAAAAUACUGAGGAUUAUCAAUAUCGUUGAGAAUCUUUUACCAUUUCUGUUGAUGUCAGUGGCUCGACAUCAAAAUAUCCUAACUAAUAUUGAAAAAGAUGUGUCCAUGGAAUUACGAUCUGAUUUUAAAAAUGUUUGUACGUCUUUAACAAAUCCUGAAAUUUUUUCAACCGAUGGUGUGAAUUGUGGAAUGGUGGUUCAUGAAUUUGAUAAAUAUAUUAAAGAUAAUCCCAAUGUCUCGUGGCCGGAAAUGGAUUGGAUUGUAGAUAUUAUGUUACCCGAUUUACUGAACAACCUCCAGUACAUCGAAUCUAGUCAGCAACAGGUGCUCCAAAGCUUCAUCAACCUCUUCUCUCACUUUUGCAUUAUUUUCGGCGAGAAUUUCGCCGUAUCCAAGAUGCGCCCUUUGGUGCAAAGCAAAAUGCGCAAUCUCGAACAAGCCAUGACCAGCUUCAACCAGUUCAGUCCUAACCUGAAUAUCUUGCCGGUGUACCUGACCAUUUUGACCUAUACCAAGGGCCACGAGGAGAUGGCUAAUUUGCUGAGGACCUUCGUGUGCGCUUUGCCCUUAUGCGGCACGCCUUUGGAUUGCCUCGAGGUGACGUUGCGCAGAUUGUGCGAAUCCGGCAUGCAAGAGAUGGUCGUGCAAUGCCUGUGGUCGGGCGUGGUGCAUCAGCGCCCUCUGGUGAGAGCCGCUUCUGCCACUCUAUUUGGCGAAAUCGUAGGCAUCUGCGAUCGCGAUCUCUUGCGGACCAAAGUCACUGCGGCUCUGGUCACCUUGGCUGCCGAUAAUGACAUGUUAGUUCGAACUGCGGCUAUUCCAGCUCUGGGAAGUUUGAUUACAGACUGUUCGAUCAUAGAUAUCCAUGAUAAAGUUUAUAUGCAAUUACAAAAUUUCCUUUCUGACGAUAAUUUGAAGGAAAACCAUGGCCUGCUCAGACAACUAAUAGUAACUCUAGGCAAAAUUGUGAAUAGCUGUUCUGUGUCUUUCAGAAAUGAUGUUGUGCUUCCCCAGCUAGCAUCAUUUUCUAUGUUGUUGCCGCAAAUAAAAAACCCGAGAAAAACGGACUUGGUGUUGGCUAUGUUGAAUGCUUUCACAAACAUUAUCUAUACUCCACUGAAUGACCAAAUUACCAGCAAGUUGCUUCUUCCUGGGUUGAGAAAUUUGGAAGCCGUUAUCAUGGAAAACGAGAACCUCCAUUGUCAUUGGGAAACGAUAACUUCUUUGAUGAAGGAGUGCGAAAACAAAAUCGAUUUCGCUAUUCCAGAAUCUCCGAUAAUCUCUCCAACCAAUAAAACCAGUCAUAAUGUUAAUCAGAGCGUGGAAGAGAUGCGACAAAAAGUUAGCAAAAUAUUCCACACGCCACUCCCGAAGCCAAAUAACUUACCAAAUCUGCAAGGUUUCUUCAAGAAAAAAUAACACAAUUAGUUUGCCCCAUGGUGUGAUAGCUUUCAUAGUAGUUGUGAUAUAUUAUUGUACAGGGUCUUCACGUUUAUUUUGAACCCCUCCUUAACUGUUUUAUUCAUCAUCGAAUUUUUCAUUUCAAAGAACAGUCUUUUAUAAUUUUCCUGUAGAUUUUAAAUAUGUGAACAGAAAAACAAUUGAACAUCUCAAAAAAAAGUUAGGGGCAAGAUGUAUAAAUUUUUAAAUGGAACACCCUGUAUUUUAUUACAUUUUU